AUGGCGGUCGUUAGUCUCGUGUCUGUGUUCCUUUCAACAUUGUGUUGUGUGAUAUAUGUCAAGGUGCAUUGUGAAGACAUUGAGAAGCGGUUUCUCAUUAACAACAGAAGCACUGAGUAUUCUCAUCUUCAAGAUUUGCAGAGUAAACUCUUGGAUCUAACGUACAAGUUUAUGGCACAAGAAUCCAUCAUUAACGAGUUGAAGUCAGAAGCUCUUUUAACAAAGACUGUCAAUAGUAACCAAUCUAGAGUCAUUCAUGACCUUGAGGCCAAGGUAAGAGCUCAGGAAACCUUAAUUCGGGAUCUCACUUCGAAAUCUCAGACCCAUUCAUCGACUUUAACAGAUCUUACGCUUAAGUUACUCCGAGAAAGCAAUAAAAAUGACGACAAUGCUUUACAAAUUCAGUCCCUGUCAUCUAAAUAUCAAACAAUGGCGAAGACAGAAUCAGGUGGCGCACUGUUUAUCCGAUGGGGUAGAAAGACUUGUCCUGACAACACAACGGAUCUAGUUUACUCAGGAUAUGCAGGUGGGUCGAAAUAUUCCAAGGUCGGUGGACCUGCUGAUUUCCUUUGCAUGGUGCCGGAUCCAGAUUUAGUUCCAGAUAUCGGAAGUGGUCAGUAUAUCCAUGGCGUGGAAUAUGAUCACGGAAUAACCGGAUCGAAAGUCGGACAAAAUGUUCUUUGUGCCGUGUGCAGAAGUAGGACCGAGGAGACCACACUCAUGCUUCCCGGAAAAUCAUCUUGCUACCCUGGAUGGAAAAUUCAGUACAGGGGCUACUUAGCGUCUGGAAACGAAGCAUUUCAAUCCUCCUCAAGUUACAUCUGCUUGGAUGAACAUUCAGAACAAUGGCAUGCUGGAGAUGGUUUGACAUUGGACGGAAAGCUCCUGUAUACAGUCAGAAUUGCAUGUGGUUCUCUGGCGUGUCCGCCUUAUCAUAAUGACAGAGACGCAACGUGUGUUGUUUGUACCAAAUAA